AUGACAACAUUUAGUAAUUUAAUAUUUAUUAAUUUAAUAUAUUUAUUCUUUCAAAGUAUAAUAAUACCAUUGAAUGCACUUUUGAAACCAUAUGAUAGAAAUAAAUGGUAUUGUGGAACUGAUAGUAUAAUGCAUGGUAUUGCAAAAACGGUAACUAUAAAUAGUUGUACAUUAGAUGAAUAUGUAUUAAUUAACAGAUGUUGUUAUCAUCAUGAUAAUUGUUAUGAAUUAAAAUUAGGAAAAGAACGUUGUGAUAAGCAAUUUUGUAAAUGUAUGAAAGUCAAAAGUAAAACAUGUAAAUUAUUAACACUUGGUUUUUGUUUUGCCACAGAAGGAUAUGGUCUAGAUGCUUACAAAGAAUUAUAA